AUGUAUCUCUAUCUUGGAGGUCGUGGAGAAGAUCAAUCUGACAUGUCACAUUCCCAUAUUCCAGUAUCAGGCGGCUGGAAUUUUGGUGGUAAAGGAGGCAAUGAUUAUCACAAUGAUCUAGGUGGUUCUUAUCCAACAGAAAGCGGGGCCGGUGGUGGUGGUGGAGUUGAUCUUCGCCUUGAAUAUUAUGAUAUCAAUCAAGACGAAAUUGAUGAAAAUCUUUUAAACAAAUCUCUAGAGAGUCGAAUAAUCGUCGCCGGAUCAGGAGGAGGCGGCUGCUCAGAAAGGGUUCUAGAUUGGGGAUUUAUGAGAGGAUUUCCGGGAGGAAAUAUUUCUGCCAUUUCAAAUGGUCUUUAUGUUUUCGGUGGAAAUCAAAUCCAAGGAUUAUUAGGGAAAGGAAUGAACGGAACUGACGGGCCCCACAAUGAGGGAGGUUCUGGUGGAUGCGGAAGUGGCUAUCAUGGCGGAUAUACCAGCUUUCCUCCAAGCACACGAGAUGGAAUUUUUUCUGUUGGCGGUUCUGGAGGAAGCUCAUUUAUCAGUGGCCAUUUUGGAUGCAUUAGUCCAUACUUUAAGAAUGAUACAGAACCAACUCCACUGAAUUCCUUCCAUGAGUCAGGUUUAUACUUUACAGAAACGGUCAUGAAGAGUGGCAAUGAAGACAUGCCUAGUCCAUACGAUGACUCUAUAAUCACAGGCCAUAUUGGCCACGGUGUCUGUCGUAUUACUAUUCUUCGUCCAAAAAUUUGCCCUUCGUUUAAUUUUUGUUUUUCAAUUCCUCUUUCCCUUUUAUUUGCACCUCUAGGUUUUUCAAUAAAAUCUUAA